CUCUGUGCUGUCCUGUCCUUCACGCCAUUGUAGACCGAUGUCGAAAGUUUCCGGAUAAGUAUAGCUGUGAUCAUGUAAGCAGGGAGCAAGAUGAACACGGCGCUGAAACACUGGAGAGAGGCGGCGACGGUGAUCCUGGCGGCCGGGCUGAGACACACUCCGAGUGCGGACUCUCUUAAAGCAGGUCUGGGAAAAGUCACUGAUAUAGCGCACAAAUCUGCCUUCGACUAUCAAGUGCUGCUGCUGAAACGGAGCGGUCGCAGCGGGUUCAUGCCCAAUGCCUACGUGUUUCCCGGGGGGGUGGUGGAUUCGUCUGACUUCUCCAGCGAGUGGCAGGAGAUCUUUAAAGCCUUUACGAAAGCGCCCAACUACGGCAUCGGAGUUGUGAAGCAGCCGCCGGCGACCAGGCCACCCAUUUUCGCCACUGACAGAUCUCAGCUGGGAUCUCCGAUACCGGGAGAUGUGGCUUUCAGGAUCUGUGCGGUGAGAGAGACGUUUGAGGAGUCAGGUGUGCUCCUGGCGGUUCCCAAACACGAGGAAAGCGGGAUUCGCGUGCACAAGGAUGAUGCUUAUAACAGUGACAGCCAGCCAACACUGACCAGAUUGAGCGGACUGUGGAGUAAAGACGUGCUGUCUAAGUGGAGAUCUCUGGUUAUUGGUAACCCGGCGAAUUUUAUCAAGAUGUGCAGGGAGUUGCAGUGUCUGCCCAACAUCUGGGCUUUGCAUGAAUGGGGGAAUUGGCUGACACCCAUAGGCGUGUACGGCAAACAGAGGCGGUACGACACAGCAUUUUACAUCUGCUGCCUACACGAGAUUCCAUACACGCUUCACGACGAGAAGGAAAUCGUUCAUUUUAAGUGGUCCACUCCCUCAGAUGUGCUGCACAGCUACAAAUCAAAGGAAAUCUGGAUAGCUCCACCUCAGUACUACGACCUUGGACGAAUGUGCCAUUUUCCAGCUCUCAGAGAUCUCCAUCGCUUUGCCUGGCAGAGGUCUUUGGAGGGAUGUGAGCAGUGGCUGCCUAUUUACCUGGCGUCACCUGACUGCUAUGCAAGUCUUUUACCAGGGGACGCUCUGUACCCAGAGAAAGUGGACACUUCUGGAAAGAGUGGUGUAGUUAAAAUUGACAAAAGCCUCGAAGAGCUCCAGCAGGACAGUGCAAACAUGCACCGCUUUGUCGGUCAGGAUCCAUAUUCAAUAUCUAUCCAUAUGAACAUCAGGCCCAAGUAUAACCACCUCCCGCCCCUCUGCGGUGAAGAUGUGGGUGGCACCUCCAAAAACAGUAAACUCUGACACUUACCUGUCACUACCAUAGUGGCAGGACUGAUGGACAAAGCCUAGAUGGAUUUUUAAUUAGCUGAUUUCGACACACUGAUGUGUCCCUUGACCUAUGCAAUGUAGUUUGAUAUAUGGUCCAUUUAA